CGUCAAUUGCGUCCAAAUUGCUCGCAUGUCACCACCAUGCGUACGACCUUCAUGCGUGCCAGCGAUAUGCGUCGCAAUUGACUGCGCAUAUGUCUGCUCGAGUGAUGACGCGGGGUGCGGAAGAAUCCACACGCAUGCGAGUGAAUACACCAUUAUCGUGCAAGCACAUUGUUAUCUGCGUCAAUUAUGGAAAAUGCCUAAGUCAAGUAUGUCACGUGUUCGGAGGCACCCAGCUCCAGCCAGUAUACCUAGCAAUCUGCACGAGGAAAAUGAAAGGUUCACAGCGGCUCGGAUAAAGCAAAGGGUUUUUGACAGUUCUGGGUCAAAACUCAGAAGAUCCAACCUAUUCACCUGGGAUGCUCAGUAG